AUGGCCAAGGGUGGAAAUGUAAGAGUAACAAUUACUUUAGAAUGUACUAGUUGUACUCAAGAUAGUGUUAAUAAAAAAUCACCGGGUAUUUCGAGAUAUACGACUCGAAAAAAUCGACGCAAUACUCCUCUUCGAUUGGAAUUAAAGAAAUUUUGUCCUUAUUGUUACAAGCAUACUAUUCAUGGAGAAAUAAAAAAAUAG